GUUGUUGAAUUAAGUUGUCAAUUGUGCAGCGUUGGAUUUACUUACAUUACAGAAUGAAGAGUCUAACAUUGGCAUGUCUGCUGGCCGCGGUGGCGAUUGCGACCGCCAUGCCGGAAACCUACACUGAUCGCUUUGACAACAUCGACCUCGAUGAGAUUAUCGGCAACCGUCGCCUUCUAGUGCCCUACAUCCAUUGCGUCUUGGACAAGGGAAAGUGCACUCCUGAUGGCAAGGAGCUCAAAUCGCACAUCGCCGAGGCGGUUGAGAACGACUGCGCGAAAUGUACCGAAGUUCAACGUAAAGGUACUCGCAAAGUACUCGGCCAUCUGAUCAACAACGAACAGGAGUUCUGGAACGACCUGACUGCAAGAUACGAUCCUGAACAUAAGUACUCAGUUAAAUACGAAAACGAAUUGAGGACCGCUGCUUAAAUUUAAGCGCAAACUUUUUAACUCGAUGUAGUUUAUUUUUUUGUUUUGUUUUUGUUGGCAGUAAUAAAUUUGUGUUUUUUCCUAA